UGCAGAAACAAAACGCUAUAUAAGCAUCAACCGGUAGGUUCAAUUCACCAGAAGAGUUGUACGACUACUAAUUUUAACGGCAGAUAUUUAUAUUUCUGCCGUUUUAGGGGAGGAGUUCCAAAAAUUGUAUUCACCAUGAGAGUUACUCUGGUAUUACUUGGGUUCCUGUUCGUGGCCUGCGCUCUAGCAGAACCGAUCAGGACAAAAAAAGAGGCACCACUUCCGCAGUAUGGAGCCCCAGCUGAACAUUACGGAGCACCCGCAACUGACCUCGCUUUGCCAGGAGCGUCUUACGGUGUUCCUGAUGCAGGAUUAGGCGGAGGAUUAUCCGGUUCUCACGGUGCUCUUCAGCUUUCUCAGUCUUACGGAGCUCCCUCAGAUUCUUACGGAGCCCCUGGAAUUUCCCAGUCCUACGGAGCUCCGUCGGAUUCGUAUGGAGCACCUGGAAUUUCUCAGUCCUACGGAGCCCCGUCGGAUUCUUACGGAGCACCUGGACUUUCUCAGUCAUACGGAGAACCGGCACCAAUCGUCGAACAUCACGCGCCCGAGCCGUCCGGGAGAUGGGAGAAGAAAUUGAAGUGGAAGGAAGAAUGGAAACAAAUUUGGAAAACUGAAUCGAAAAUGAUAUGGAAACAAGAAUGGAAAAAGGUUCAGGUACCGGCUUGGAAAGAAGUCCAGGUCCCCAUUUGGAAGGAAGAACAGGUAGCGGCUUGGAAGAAGGUCCAAAAACCAGUUUGGAAGGAGAUCCAAGUGCCGGCGUGGAAAGAGAUCCAAGUGCCGGCUUGGAAGAAAAUUUGGGUGCCAGUUUGGAAGGAAGUUCAAGUGCCGAUUUGGAAAGAGAUCCAGGUACCCGAUUGGAAAAAAUCUUACGUGCCUGAAUGGGUGAAAGUUGGUAUUCCCGGAGAGCAAUACGUCGGACAGGAUCACAAUGGUUGGCAAUACACCAGUCACGAUCUUUGGAAAAAGAAGCUGGUAUGGAAACCAGUUUGGAAAAAAGUAUGGCGUACCGAAAAGAAGCAGGCUUGGGCUACGCAGAAGAAAAUGGAAUGGAAAGCAGAGUGGAAACAAAUAUGGAAAACUGAGAAAAAACAGGUCUGGGUAACCGACAAAAAAUUGAUAUGGAAAGAGGAAUCCGUUCAGAUUUGGGUACCGAAAAAGAAGCAAGUCUGGGUCACCGAGAAGAAACAAAUUUGGAAAGACGAAUGGAAGAGCAAAUGGGUUCCAGCGUGGAAACAAAUUCAGGUACCCGACUGGAAGAAGGUUUGGAAACCAGUUUGGGAAAAGGUUUGGGUACAAGACGAACAUCACGAUGACCAUCAUCAUCAACACGAAGAACACCACGGAUACUGAUGAUUUCUCGUGAAAAAAAUUUCAUAUCUUUUAUUGUACAGUAAAAAAAACAACGCACGAAGAAAUCUGCCAUGAUUGCGAGUUGUACGAUUUUGGCAGACGCAGAUGUCAUCGGAUGCUUUUUAGCUUGUUGAAACAAAGUGAACUCGUACCUAUACACAUAAUAUAUAGUAAUUGUAAAUAACGGUAUCGUGAGAAACCGGCGUUUUUAUCACAUGUAUAAGUGAUUGUUAUUUUUUUUUUAUACACAAAGAAUUUUUUUUUUUUCUUUGUCUUGUAAUAUAAAAAUCAAGGUUUUAUACUAAA